ACGAAGCGAGCUUUCGAUACACCCGGACGCGCCGGACGCUGUGAUUGUCACAUCAUCCAUCACACCUCAAUCUCAGAUCUCGCAAGUGUCGGCAAGCAUCGCGCGGAUCAUAAAGUCAAGCGCCUUCCUUGCAGCUCCAUCUUCUCAACAUCCACAUCAAGUCGCAAAAUGAAGUCGACUGCCCUUUUCACCACUGUCACUAUGGCGCAUAUGGCGCUAUGCGUGCCGGUACCGUGGAUGGCUGGCGACAAGAUCUUGCCUUUGCUGAACAAAGAUGCGCCGAACAGCGCAACAUCCGGCCGAAGUCCAAAGACUGACAACACAUUUGCGCUUGCCUCCUCCCACCUUGCUCCUGGUCCGAUUCUCCAAAAGGCUGAGCAAUCAUUCAACUCGUUAUGGGACAACUGGAAGAAGAAGCAUGGCUCAAGCCCGGCACUGAAUGUCGAUGACGCGAAGAAGGAUAUCCCGGUGUUGAUCAUCACAGAAAUGGGGGAGCUGAGCGUCGCGAUACCUUCAUCAUCGCAGCCGUUAUCAAAACAGGCGUCCAACUCCAAGCAGAAACCGGUAUCGAUACCACCUGGCAACAAGAAGGCGGAUAAUGUUUCGGUUACGGAAUUGGGGGAGUUAAGCAUCGGGAUACCUUCGCCAGUGCCGUCGCCACCACCGUCGUCGUCAACUUCGUUACCCUCAUCUUCUCGACCGUCCAAUGGCACAUCGCCGUGCCCAUUCUAUGUCGGAAAACCUCGCGAUCAUGACGAUGUGCUGAUCAUAUUCCUGGUGUCGACCUUCUUACUUGUUGUCGUCGUGGUCGAAGCUUGGGAUCCUGUCUGUCGAAGUGUAAGAAACAGGUUCUCGUCGAGACGGAAGGGCGCCAUUCGGUUGGUCGAGGAGACAGAGACGAAACCCAAGUCGUUUCGGAAUGAUUCGGUCCUGGUCAAGUCGGAGAGCGGUUGAGGUCGGGAGGUACAUGGCACCCAAAAUAAAGAGCUUGUCGUUGUCACUGAUCGAGGGCACGUCGUUCAGGUGGAGCCUCGGAUGGAAUCAUGGGGAGUGGAUCGGAUGAAGGUGCGUAUAUGGGAGUUUUGGAUCGUAGGCUAU